UGAUUAUCGUAAAGGAUCAAAUAAAUCUUCCUGCCUUUAAAAUGGCUCUAUACCAGUACGAAAGUGUAUUUAUAACGGGCUGCAGCCGAGGUAUUGGCCUCGAAUUUGUGAAACAGUUUGUGUGUUUGGCAAAACCUCCAAAGCACAUUAUAGCGACGAGCCGGAAGAUAGACGAAGCGAGCGAAUUGUACAAACUCGGUCUAAUACACGACAACCUACACGUCUUCCAACUCGAUGUGACUAGUCCUGAAUCGAUUCGAGAAGCUACUGAGAAAGCCACCUCUAUUCUCCAAGGAUCUGGGCUCAGUCUGCUUAUUAAUAACGCCGGUUUGUUUGUGAAUAAAGGUCUAGACGAUAUUGAAGCGGAAGACAUGAUAGAAGUUUUCAAGACACAAACCGUAGCACCUCUUAUGAUAACGAAGAGUCUACUGGGGCUGCUAAAACAAGCAGCUAGGAGCAGCGUGCCGGACCUGAAGACUGGUAAAGCCCUGAUCGUCAAUAUCUCAUCAAAGACAUCUCUUAUCAGUGAUAACCACUCCGGAGGGAUGUACGCUUCGAGGGCGAGUAAAUGCGCAUUGAAUAUGGUGACCAAGUCAUUGUCUGUGGAUUUGAAAAAAGACGGGAUUUUGGCGGUGGCUGUCAACCCAGGCUUUGUCAAAACUCGAAAGGAAUUUAAAGAUGCUGCUCCACUCACCCCAGAGGAAAGCGUAUUAGCAAUGAUGAAAACGAUCGACUCGAUCGACGAGUCCAAAUCAGGACUGUGUUUGAAUUACUCGGGAGAAGUGUUGCAGUGGUAGACGUGGCGGGAGACUGUUUCUGGAGACUGUGAGAGUUCCCUACAGAAGAGCAGCAUGAUUUUUUGAAGAUCCUCUGGUACACAACAUUAGAAUCCUGUCAACAACUAGUUGACAGAACGAGGAUCAUCCAACAAAGAGCUAGAAAUAAACAGAAAUAAACAAUGACUAAAGGUUGCCUCAAUUCCAUGAUGGCAAAGGCAAUAAGUACUUUUUUUUAAUCAUGACCCCACCAGUGUCUUGGACCAUCUUUAUUAUGACCCUGCAUUAAUAAAUAAAAGCUGUUUCUAUAA